CCGGCUGCGGGCGGUGGCGGCGGCGGCGGCGGCUGAAGGGCAGCGGCGGCGAUGGGCGCUGCGGGCUGAUUGGUAAAGAUGGAAAGAGGGAGAGGAGGAGGAGGAGGAAGGAACCUGGGAGGCUCUGGCCUGCACAGGAGCGUUUAUUCCCAGUCCCAACAGCAGUACCACUACCCUGCCUCCUCCCAGGGGAGCUGCAUGGAGAUCCAGGAGCUGGCCUCCAAGAGGGUGGACAUCCAGAAGAAGCGGUUUUACCUGGAUGUGAAACAGAGCUCCCGCGGCCGCUUCCUGAAGAUCGCCGAGGUCUGGAUAGGAAGAGGCCGGCAGGACAACAUCAGGAAAAGCAAGCUGACCCUCUCCCUGUCCGUGGCUGCCGAGCUGAAGGACUGCCUGGGGGACUUCAUCGAGCACUACGCCCACCUGGGCCUGAAGGGCGGCCACCGGGUGCACGAGCACAGCAAUGACAAGGAGCAGCAUCCCCGGAGGCGGCAGCAGCACCCGCCGCCCUCGCCCCCGGUGUCCGUGGGCUCCGAAGAGCCCCCUCACAGCGUCCUCAAAACGGAGUACAUCGAGAGGGACAACAGGAAGUACUACCUGGACCUGAAGGAGAACCAGCGCGGGCGCUUCUUGCGGAUUAGGCAAACCAUGAGCAGGGGACCCGGCAUGAUGGGCUACUUUGGCCACAGCUUGGGACAGGAGCAGACGAUCGUCCUCCCUGCGCAGGGGAUGAUCGAGUUCAGGGAUGCUUUGGUCCAGCUGAUCGAAGAGUACGGCGAGGGGGACAUAGAGGACCGGCGGGGGGGAGGCGACGAGCCCCCGGAGCUCCCCGAGGGCACCUCCUUCCGAGUGGACAACAAGCGCUUCUACUUCGACGUGGGAUCCAACAGGUACGGCAUUUUCCUGAAGGUAAGUGAGGUGAGGCCGCCCUACCGUAACACCAUCACAGUCCCCUACAAAGCGUGGACACGGUUCGGGGAAAACUUUAUCAAGUACGAAGAAGAGAUGAGGAGAAUUUACAACAGCCAUAAAGAAAAAAGAAUGGAUGCCAGAGGGGACAGUGGUGAAGAGCAAGAGGGUCUGGAAUAGAGUGCAUUGGACAAAUAACGAAACAAAACAAGCAGAAAUUGGUGAGAGGGACUGACCUAUAGUAAUUCCAAGUUGCCCCAAGUUUUUUGUAAAGUCCUUUUCUGGGAGUUCUUGCUAACUCCGGUACGUAAUGUUAUAGGAGUCUGGUUAUCACGUUAAAUUACACCCAAAACAUCUCCGUAUGUCUUAGGAAAGGACCAACCUCCCGAGUCCGUAUGAGUCAGCUGCUUCGAGUGUUGAAGACUAUGGAAGUUCGCGUAUCAGCACAAACAAAAUCCGGCACUCUGACCUUUAAAUAGUCUAGAUAAGGCUUGUGUUGCACUUAAACAUGAUACAAAAGUACCCCCACCCCAAACCUUAAGAUGAAACGUAUCACUUUCUGCUUAUCACGGGUUUUCCUGGACUGGCUUCUGCCCGUACUCGGUCCAAAGGCUGAGCAGUGCCACUGUAGGGCAUUCACGGCCAAAAUCAAAUCCACAUGAAUUGCUGGUCUGUGUGAGGAGGGAGAGAGGUUUUAAAAUUGGCAUCUGCUGGUUAUUGGGUGGGAAACAACAGUCUGUGUGGGUAAAACCUCGAUAACCAGUCAGACCUUGGUCACGUGCUGGUGAAGGGCAGAAGAUUUGUUACUCAUUCCGUAGUUUUGUGCUGACUGGAUAACCUGAGUCUCCCGGGAUAGCAGAGCUCUGCUCGAGCGCUAAGCCUUCUGAAUUAGUGGCAAUGAAUAAUAACCCACUCCUCAUCUCCGUGUUCCGCCCGUGUGAGGCCGGCGAUUUGUUUUUAUUAUUAUUAUUAUUAUUAUUUUUAAUGCAUUUUGCCCAAAAUUUCAGAAGGUAUUUUUGUACGAGGUGUGUUACGGGUUCCAGCAGGCGGCUGUGAAGCGGGCGUGGGGAGGUGGAUGGAACGCUUCUCUCCCAAGCGUGAGAUUAGUGCGGUCACGAUGUUACCUGUGCCAGGAAAACACCCUGGGCGUGAGAAAGACCUCUGGGGGGUUUGGUGCACCGUUGCAUUCAUAGGCAAAGGCAUCUCUGUCAAUGCUCGCCCGCGGCGCGUUUCGGAAGCCGUGGUGGGCACCAUGUCGGGUUUUCUGUCCUGUUGAUUUUCCAGGUGUUGUCGUUAGGAGGUGGUAUCCAUGCCCUGCCAUCACCCCCCUUUCCCACUCGCUCGGAGCUGGAGCUGCCAUUGAGCAGUUCCAGUCCAGUGUGGGUGUCGCCCCGCUGGAGCCUUUGUGACGUCAAGUUUUGCAUCUCGCGAUAUCAACUCUCUGCCUGGAGGGAAAAUGGGUGCAAUUACCCGGCUGGGAGGUUGAUGAAAGAUUUUGUUGUUUCUUAAAACGUGAAUAAUUUAUAAUGUAAGGGGCUUGUCCACCGUUUGGGUGACCAGCUCCUUCCCCUGGAACCAGUGGGAGUUUGAUUGAGCUCCAGGUACUUCCAGUAGCGUGCUGCUCACCUUUAAGCUUGUUUGAAAUAGGCAUUUCCAUGUCUAAUGAGAAAUUUGUAAUCAUUCGGAUCGUUUAAUUACAGAGUGGCCGAGUGUGCACGUGGGACCAGCUAUUUUUUCCAUGCAGCCAUUACAUGUUUUAUUUUUUAAUCUUUUGAGAAACAUAUUUGUUUCCAACCAGACCAUUCACCGCUCCGAGUCUGGACCCACCUGCAUGACCACACUCAAUCCAAAUGCUGUUGCCUGUUAACGUCAUAAUGAGAAAGGUUGGGGAGGCAGGGUUGGGAACCAAGAGGAUAAUCUGGACUUUGGUUUGGGUACUAAAACUGGUUGAUCUGUUUUAACUUAGGAAAAAAAAAAAUUUAAAAAAAAAUAAAAAAAAAAAUAAAAGCUUGCACCAAAGUCACCAAAGAACCUUUAGGAAAAUGUUACGGUUGUGACAAGUAAGAAAGUUAAUUUCACUGUUUUAGGUGAUUCCCCCUUUAAAACCACAUAUAGCAGUUACAGCAACCGAGCCUUUGGCUUAGUGUCAAAAACUCCCAUCCCUUUCUCCACAGAUUGCUCUUUCAGGUCCUUUUUCAAACCUGGAGGACGUGUUUUUGCUCCAUCACUUGAAUCGCCCGCGGACCGUGAUGAAUCAGCAGGUUCAUCAUCGCUCCCAUGGCUUUGGUCCUAAUGGUUUUAACAGGUCAAUUAAAAAAAACCAAACAAAACAAAAAACACAAACCCCAACAUUAAAAUAACUCUACAUCCUGUCAUUGGUGUGAAACCAGAAUUUAGUGAAUGAGUUGUUAGCGUAUCGCUGACUGCUGCUGCCCGUCACAGUGCCUGAGGUAAAAAAUUCCCUUCUAGUCCAACAAGCCGGAGCUAUGAAUGUACAAACUUUUUACGCUCUCCUUCCCGUUUCUACGUGGCUCGACAUCUCCCCAUCCCUGCCUACCUUCUCCUCAAGGGAUCGUAAAAGCUCCUGCGUUGGAAUUAGCCCGAGUGACCACGUGUGUUGUAAGUGAUCAUGCCUUCCCUGUGUUCCUGUAGUGUUGGUGAGGAAAUUACUCGUCAUUGGAAAGGGAUGUUUUCUUCACCGUUUUAAAAGGAAAAAAGGAUGCAAAAUGGCUUUCCUUAUAGCUGCCCAUUUUUUAAAAAAAAAACCCUUUAUCUUUUGUUGAUUAAUUGGCCUUCCGAUGUCAUUAGAUUGUUAUAAAUAUCGCCCAGGAAUCCAGCGUCUGCUGGCUGCCGGGCUGGGCUCGGUUCUGGCACGCAGGUAUCCCGUAGGAUCCGCUAAUGCAUUUACUCCCCUGGCAUGGGGUGCACCUUAGUAUCCAAACCUGGAUCGGGAUCUUCACGUUCACUGCCGAUCACCCCUGGGCAGACCAGUGGCUAUGGGUUUCCACCGCGAUGGAAGGAACUGGUGUUUGCAGAUGUUGGGUUGGAGAGUAACGGGUUUCCACGUGAUGGGAAGCACCGGUGUUUGCAAAUGUUGGGCGGAGGGAAAUAUGGUUGUGCUGCAAGUGCAGCGAUGCGAGUCUUGAACGGUGAGAUUCGGAAACGGGUUCCUUUGUGUUUUUGGCAGCGCGUCUCCGGCUUCCGAGCGCGGUGGCAGUGUGGGCUGCUGGUGUGCAGGAGGGCCCAGCGAGGUGCUCGGGAGCACCAGAUCCCUGAUGCGUUUUAAAUGUUCAUUCCCAGCCCCCCGAAACUGCCAUGUCCCUUAAACUUGAGAAAACACAAGCUUAUUUGCACUAGAAAGAACGGCCAAAAACAAUCCUUAGGAGGACAGGGUGAAGAGCACCGGUCUGAACCUCUUUUUCUCAUGAGAGAAUUUCCUACUCAAGCCCUCACCUCUGUUUCAAAAUUGUAUGGUCCCGGCAGAAAGUCUGUCAGUUGAAUGAUUAAAUCCUAAUGCACUUUAUAUUGUGUAAAUAAUAUUAGGAGCACAUUUCUGCUCCCGCUCUGGUAAGGGGAUGCUUUGAUAACGUAGUCUAAUGCUGAGAGAAGCUGUCUCCUGCAUGCAUGUGUCUGUUAAGAGACCUGUUGCACCUGCUCGGUCCAGCUCCGCUCGUAUGUUAGAGGAGGACAGGCGCUGUAUUGAGGAUCCUCUCAAGCCACCCCGGGUGGGAUGAUUUGGUUUUUUAAGUUGCAAAUGUGCAGAGCUGCUGAGCGUCCUCAGCUCUGCCCGUCGUGGUGGCUCCUCGCCCCUUCUGCAGAUCGGGCCCCCUGUGUUGCUGUCGAGGCUUAAAACUGGGCUUUUCACGUCUAGUCUUGACAAAACCAAGUCCAGCAUCUCCCUCGUUCUUGGCUUUCCCCGCUGCUGGCGCAGAAGGUGGGGCGGUCCCUAAAAAGCUUAUCCCGGGUGGAAAGGGCCGCGGGGACUUUCCCUUGCCUUUCAGCUGGUGGGGGGGGAUGUUGUGUUGAGUCCGGCCCCUCGAGCCAGCUUCCUUGGGAAAGUACAGAGCUAUGGAAGGGUUGGGAAGCGUUUUGCACUGGUGUGGUGAGGGCGGCCCGCCGGGCGCUCCGAGGGGAUGGCAGACCCCGCCCUCGGGGGCUCCUGGCGCGGAGCCUGGACGAUGGACUUUACCCAGCGAGAAGCUGCAGCGGUUAUUGGUAUCUACUCGUCGUCGUUAAGUGUUUCUUAUCUGUAUCCGAUAUAUACCAAUCCAUAUUCACAUAUAGGCAUUACUAUAUUUAUGUGACUAUAUUGUAGCCUGUAGUAGCUCGUAGCGAAAUAAUCUUAUUUAUCUGAAGUGCGCAGUCUUGAGGAGGGGGCGUCUGCUCCUGCCACUGGUCUGGAGAAACGUGUUGGUUCGCCCAGAGCUGGCUGGGAGCUCUUGGUCACGGCCCUCGUGAGCAUCCCUUAGGUUUUCAGCAAGGCUGAAAGGGAAAACGUAGUCUAAAGGAGGCAAAACUCUUCCUUGGAGGCGUCGCUGAGGCGAGGUGAGAGCUGUGCGGAAGAGGCAGCUGCAGGUACUCCUGGCCACGUUGUGUUUCCAUGCCAUUUUACAAGCCCUGGCUCUGCAGAUCUGUACUACCAUGUUCAUAAAAUCCCAAGCAGAAGUAUUAAAAUCCCAUCCUUUAUACAAAAAAACCCCGCAAGCAAUUACCAAAAUCAAUGUCAGCACAUUUGUUUUUUCAGCUACAGAUGUCAUAGUCUGGUAAUUGCAUCAUUUUUUUUUCCCCUAUGGCCUAUUGCAGUGCCCUAAACUCCCAGGGAAGGGAGUUGGUGGUGGUUAGGAAGCCUAGUGCUUGCGUGACUUGCAGUCCUGUUAUCCAAUCCUAGUAAUUUUUAUAGCAGAAAAAGGUUUAUUGUUGUGUGUUUUUAUUGGGCAGAUUUUGCACCAGGUCAAAAAUUACUUAAUAAGUGAUUUCAAUUCCAUGGCAUUCCCUCUUUUGCUGUACAUACAGUAGAUAUAUACAGUUUAUGAAAGAGUUCCUAAAGAGAAUUAGACCUUCUGUUUAAUUUUCUAUGCUGCUUCCUCCAAAAUUAAAUUGCCCUUUAUUUUCAGUUACUUAAUGUGUUGUGCUGUUUAAAAUUCACCUUUCCCCUCCUACCCCGCCAUUCCUUUCAAAUAAAGGUUGUGUUCGAAAUGAAGAGUUUAUUCAAGUGAGAGUGGAAUUAAAGGCUACACCAUAAGCUAUAUGGAGGCUGUCACCUCAGAGCCUUUGCCAAAAUGUGUUGGUUUGGGGUGAUCCAAUCUGGCCUAAAAAUGGCUGAAUUCUGUCUUGACCACAGGAAAAAAGCCCCAGCUAGGGGACAAGGUGCUUCUGGACUCGGGUGAUUUGGAAAAAGCUGAAGCCAGAUCUCCUGCUGUUCUGUUUCUCCCAAAUCUGCAGAUGGGCUGACUCCAUUUUUUCUUCCUGAUAUUUUGUCCGCCCGUGUUCAGUUCCCCACCUGCACCUCCAUAAAGGCAACGGUGUUCUAAAAGCAUCGAGGUGAAAUAAAAUACCAAGAGCUCCUGAUAGAUGACAUGGAUUGAAAAUUGGUUUUCCUGAAAUGUCAGGGCAUAAAUUGAGGUUUUAUAAGCCGGAUGUCGUUUUGGCAUUUCUGUGAUGGAUGUAAUUAGAUCGUUCCUUCCACAUGCCGAGGGAGGCAUCACGCGGAACCUGAACCUGCAGCCCCAGGGCUCUCUCACGUACAUGAUCUUCUAGAAAGGUGUAGGUACCUGCUGGUGUUCUCGUGCUGAGUGUGGUCGUGCUCACACUGGCCUAGCCUCGAGGGGCCUGGCUGCCACCCCAAUAAAACCGUCAUUAACGACUCGCUAAUUCAUCUUUUUAAUUGCUAGGCUACCUCAAAACGCUUGGAGUGGCACAUGGAAAAUUGCUAACUCUGUACAGAGUAGCCACCGUAAAUUAGAACAGACAUAUUCCAUCUUUUAGGUGUUCCAGACCCAUCCUACAUACCAGUGUUCAACAGGGUGAGAUAAUGGCUCCUGCCUCGGCCGUGCAGGCAGUCAGAUGGAUUUCUGAGGCACAGUGGGGGAAAUCCAUCCCGAAGGCAGAAGUCUGCGUCUGUUCCUUCGUCGCCGAUCGUUUGCCGCGCGGAGAUUAAUUGGAGGCAAAGAUCACCCUCGGUGCUGGGUGCUGGCAGCCGGCUGAAGCCGGGAGGCUCUGUGCCCGGCCCCACUCAGCACUGCACUGACAGGACACCUCUGAGUUCACGUGUGGGCACAAAUUAACGUGGAGGCAAGGGAGAGAGGAAUAUUAGGAAUAUUAUCUACAUGUGUAUGCAUAGUUGUGUUUCCCCUGUUUCCGGUGGGUUCUUCCCUUUGAGGCGUUAAAAUGUUAUCUGUCGGGGAUGUUCAACGUGCAAUAGGAGCAGGGAGGUGGAUUUCCCAAGCAAUAGCAGCAUGCUCUACUACUACCCUUAAAUCUUUACACUGCAAAUCGUGUGCAAUAGAGUCUGCAUUUCAAAACAGCAGAGAGUAUGUGGGAUAAAAGACACGGGUUAACCCCAGGCUCUUACAAGUAUUCCCAUCUGGUCCUUGUUCGGAGCACAUGUUGUUGGCACAAUGCUGAGGGAGAGGGGGAGUAAGAGCUUCCCACCGAGGCAGAGGAAUGAAAAGGCAGGAGGGGGUGGAAGGAAGCGAGGACAAGAUCCGUGCUCCAGGGAAUCACAGAGCAUGACGAGUUUUAUCUGUAGUAGGAGGAACAGGCGGCACCGUCAGCGCUGGAGUUCCGUGGAGCUGGGGAAGGAGGCAGAGAGCCUGGAUGCUCCACUCGGGGACCAGGGUGGUUCUCUUGGGCUGGUUCUCCUUCCUCUUUGGGAACAGUAACAUGCUCUGCAAGUGUCUAAUCUUGCCAACAAACCCAUCGGGGCUAAGUGUGUCCGAUGGGUGGAAUGUCUGCUUUUCCAACUUGCUUUUUAAGACUCGAGUGGCUUGGCUCUUACCGAACUGGGAGGCUUGCCCAAGAAUACCUGCGGAGGCUCAGGGGAGCACACAAGUGUUGGUGACCUCUCAGGUUUGCUCGUGCCAUCCCAAUUUAUGGAAGCUCUUGUGUGCUUUUCACUGGAGCCUUGCUCCGGGAGCCGGCUGAGUGAUGGAGUGUUGUGUUAUCGAUGGGGCAGCUGCUCUUUUCCAUUGCAAAGGAAAGGUGUUGGUGAAGGCUGGAGGGGAUCAGAGGGAAAGAAAGCAGCUUUCAAGAAGCAAUUUCUGUGUGCCUGUCUUUGCAAAAGGGUUGUGUCGUUUCUAACAAGACUCUGCAGAUGAUCACCACUUGUAUUGCCUUUGUUUUCCUGAGCCCCGCUUGGUGUUAACAGCUGUUGAAAGCUGUGCUUUGAACCAGUGAAGUGCUGGAAUAAUUGCGAGGACUCUGGAAAAGCUGUCAGUGUCUCAGGCUGGGCCUCCUGAUAAUGGAGACGGGAUCACUUUGGCUUUAUCCUGCCUGUGCCUAUGUUCCCCACCGCUAAAACGGGGUGAAUGAUACCUCCCUACCUCAAAGGGGUGUGAGAAAGAGGAGUUUGUUUGGCAUCAGAGCUUUUGUGGUGAUCUGAUGCUGACCAAUACUGAUGAUCACCAAGAGCAGAAAAGGGAGAAAUUUGUUGUGAAAUUGAGUGUUUGGAAGGUUUGGAACAUACCUGACUCCAAACUUAAGUUUGCAAGGGUGCCUCUAAUGGUCCAUUUCAGGGCCCACACAGCAAAAAGCAUUCUUUUUUUUCCCAAGUUGAACAACCUGGCAAAAAUCUGCUCUUUCAAAUCUCCCACGGUGGAUAUUCCCAGCCUCCCUCCCCAAGCUGUUUCCCCCUGCUUCUUCUCAGAUACUUCUCAUGCUGUCCAGCCUGUGUGUCCCUUCCUUCCAUUUAAUUCUGUUGCUUUUUGCCUUACAGGCCCUGCUCUCCAGAGGAGAUAUGGAAACAGUUUAUUUUCUUCCCUGCUGCAGCUUUUAUAUAUAAUUAAAGGCUGUUGUCAGGUCUCUUCUGCACCCUUUCCUAAGGAAAUACAAAGCCUUCCACCGAGGGUAAUUUUUAGCCCUCAUCAUGUACUUGUUGCUUUCUGAUGAGUCCGUUUAAACACAAAUGGAAGGAAAGCAUCCAGCAGCAAUAUAAGCUCCCUGUGCCAACAUGUUUGGAAAUACAGGUUUUCCCUUGUGUUCCUAACUCUCCAAGGAUUGUGUGUUCUUAUUAUGUGAAUACUCAUAGGAAUAUUUGCAUGAACUUCUCCUUACUAGCAUUUUAUUGCAAGGACAUCUGAGAGUUUUGUGUAGGUCUAACUAGAGAGAAUUUCCUCCAGGUUCUCACUCCGCUCUGUCUCCACUCAACACGUAUAUCCCAGCGCCUUCCAGAAGGGCAUUUAAGCAUAUGACCAACAUCUGUCAAGCAGCUACUCCUUCCCUCCUCUUCCUAGGGAAAAGACUGAAUGUGCCAAUUCAGCCCUGGUAUUUUUAACAUAAAUUAAUUAUCCCUGCUGUUCCAUGUUAGCAGUGUAAAGGGUGAGCUGGAGCACGCUGUGUGCUGGCAGCAGCACACCCCAGCAGCUUCACAGCAUGAGAGCAAACCAGAGGGCUCACAGGGAGCAAAGCCUGGCUUUGGCACGGCUCCCACCUCUUCCCUCGGCAACCAGUGUUGAACAGGAGCUGUUUUGUCUCUUCAAGUUCCCCUUGGACCUGUUGCUGCUUUGCAAAUUGUCAUUUUUGCUCGGAGCAUGGAGGAGUUUCCUGUGCUGCUGCCUGGUUGGGAAGUACCCGAUAUUAAAAAGAGAAUCUCUCCUCCAGGAAGCUGGCAGGGGGAAUCUAAGGCCAGAGACCUUAUGUGCAGGCAGAGAGGUGAUGGAGCAGUGCUCUGGGGUAAAUGAAACUCAGUGGCAGCCAAAAGAUAUAUUUCUGUUUGGGUUACCUCCACGAUAUCUGCUUUUUCUUCCCUUCCAGACGUUUGAACACUCCCAAGAUCUCCAUAGUGCUGCUUAGAACAGAUAUUUGCGAGGGAACUGAGCUGCCUCCAAGGACAGUCUCUUUACUGAGACUCCAGUGAGCACAGCAAAGUGUUUGGGAAGUGGAGCAUUGUGCUGGUGGCACUUUUAAAAGAGUUUUUCCCAGGUAGAUGUCUCAGCAGGGACGAGCAGAGGCCACUGACAGCCAAGAGCAGAGGGCAAGGAUUUGAUUCUCAGUUCUUGGCAGUAGGAUUUAUCCUGGGUCCAACAACUCAGUUACUGUGCACACCGCUGUAGUAAGCGAUGAAGUUUUUUAAUUUAAGCAUUUUUAAUAAUCCCCCCAUCCUGGUAAAAUUAGGGAAAGAGUUUUUUGGCUCAAAUGUUUUACUUAGAAGCUGAGAAUAGGCACGGUGUUUCACAAGGUGAACCAAACCUCUGUGCAUCUCACCUCAGAGCGUAUCCUUUGAAGUGGCAUUUUAUUUCUUGCUCCAUCUGGUUGCAAAAGAUCAAGGUCACUAAAGCAGAAACCCCUCUAGGUAUUUAUAUGGCUCAGUGCAUAGGGACAUUUUCCUCUCACUUUGCUGGCAGGGCCCAGUCCUGGUUGUGCUUUUCUUCUUCCCAUUUGGACCACUAAGAGUAUUUAUCAGUCCUGUUCAUGUCUUGUGGGUGACCUGGCUUAAGAGCCCUAAAUUUGUUUUUCUCCUUAGAAGUUCAGCACAUUUUUUUAAGCCUUGCUUGUGAAUCCCUCUGGAAACGUUGUGCAAAACCCAAAUGUGCCUCAGUUCCCUCCUUCCCCACGUGUUUUCCAACUGCUGCAGCCGAUGUAGGACAAAAAGAUGUGGGUCUGGUUAUGUUUUUCCCAGGCAGUUGUUUUCGUCUGUGUCUGUUUUGGUAUGAUUUGGCCUUAACCAUUCCAGGGAUGCUGUUCUGCAGCUCUCACCUGCUUCUGCAGCCCUUGCAAGGAUGGCAGGGCUCUGACUGAUGUUAACUCUAGACUGGGGCAGGUUCUUGGGGUGAUGCUGCAGCAAAGGGGGGAGUUAUUUAACCAUCCCCUCCAUGAUGGUUCCCAUGUGGAGUAGGGAACCAGUUACCUGGGGCAGAUUUGAUCAUGUGCUGCUUCCUCUGAGCAGCCAGCACGCACCAUGUCGCUUGUAGACACCGUCUGACAGCUUCCCCAGGGAUGAGCUUUACUGCAUCUGCUGCAAGUGUUGCUCUGAGCUGAGGCUCUUCCUUCUCACCAGGGCUCGAUGCCAUGCCUGGAUCCUUUGUUACAUGUAACCUUAAUGUUGUUUCUCUGAACGUUGCCAGGAUUUCCUCCUCCCCGGGACAUUUAAAUGGGGUGCAGAGCAAUUAGAGUCACUUUUCUGGGAGUGUGUAACAGCAGGAUGCUUCCAUAUCAGUUUGGGAAUCGACGCAGGGGUUUGAUGUGGGUUACUAAAUUCAGGCCUGUGGGAUGAGCAUACCCACAGCAGGUAUGAAGAUGUGGAGAUAAGAGCUGUGCCUCUGCCAGGCUCCUGUCUGCUCUCUUACGCUCCUGUACUGACUCUGGUUGCUGCAGUGGGAGCCACCAUGACCAGGGACCACCAGGGCCUGCCUGUGGCACCUGGGUCAAAGUGGCAGCAGAGACCUGAGCCAGGCAAGGGACCAUCACCCACAGGUAUUGUGUGUCACAGUAUAACUCAAAGGGAAGGCAUCCACAGCUUUAUCCUGGAUUCUGCAGCAGCCCAGCUAUUUCAUCCUUCCUUUUCUGCCUCAUGGGACUUUUAGCUCUUGCCUGGUGCAUCCGCUCUGGAGAGCACAUGGACAUGUCUGCCCUGGGAUCGGCGUGUGCCAGCACACAGUCUGCACGUAAUCCUGCUGCAUCCAUAACAGCAUUUAUUGCUUAUGUCAGCACAGCCAUCCCUCAGUGCUGCCAGGGGUAACCCUUUGAGGUAACAAGUGAUAAGUUCCUUCUAGCUGUCUUAUUAAAAAAAGAAUUAAAAAAAAAAAGAAGAAGAAGAAGGAGGUGCUGGAACAUUUUCACGGAUGCUGCCAGCUUUUAACUGUGGGUUACCUUGGUGAAGGCAUAUUACAGAGACUUUUCUUUUAAGAACAGCUUAAAAUUGUCUGUUUGGCAGUGCGUGCUUUGUGCUGGUAUGUGUGAAACUGCAAGAAAACCCCCAAUCCAGAGCGUGAGGCAGAGGUGCCCAUUUGCUCCUCUCUGCAGCACCAAACUGCAGUUUAACCUGUUGCUUUUCUCACCUCUUUCCUGCUCUUAGGAGACACCCUCUACAGUUGGGAUAACCUCCCCAAAGCUCCCUUCUCAGGCUCCCCACAGAGGGAAGUUCAUCCUCCUCCUCCCACACUGCAGCCCUUGAGCUGCUGCAAUAAGCCCUUGAGGUGCUCUCUCAAAACCCAUACCGGUCUCUUCCCCUCGGUGAGGCUGAAGAUUCUGUGCAAAACAGAACAAGCAAGAGGCCAAGUCAUGGGGAGUUUUCACUUGUCUCAGCCUAAACACCAGCCUCCUCCAGGCUUUCAGUCUUCCAAGAGCUUCCCAUCUUUCUAGCCAAGUCGUUUGUUUGCUAGGAGAAGAAAAAUUGGUAGUUUUGUGCUAGCAGUAGCUGGAGUCCUCUUUCACUAGUGAAGGCAUUUUCUCCUUUGAAUUUUGUUUGAAUGCAGAAACUAUUGUGAAAUGAGAGCUGUAAUACUGGGAAAGGGGAGAUCAGAGCAUUCCUCUGGAUAGGAUUUGAUGCAAUUUGAAGCUGCUUGUGGAAGAUUGGCUGGAAGGUAAACUGAUUUGGGCUAAAAAAGCUGAUGCUGUUAAACCGUAUAAGUGACUCUUUAGUGGAUGGUCCAAAAUAGCUUUUUUAUGGCCUCUGACCUCUAGGAAAGAUAACUGGAUUUUUGAUCUUAGAUUGAAGGGGCAAUUUCUGCUGAAAGAAACUUGUGUUCUUUAGAAACCAUCUCAGGAUGGCAUUUACUGUCAAAAACAUUGCAUGGAAACAGACAGAAAACAAACUAAAAAUCACACAUGUGAGUCAAGCCCAGGCGAGCCUUGCGCUGUCCCUGAAUCCGGGAUAGAUCCCGGUUGUCAUCCACCUUUCUGCCUUCCUGGCCACCAAAAUUUCCCGUAGGCACCUUGCGUGGGUGUGAUUAGACAGGAGCUCCUGUUUUUGCAGCAUCCUGCUUUGCACCUGGGCUCGAUCCACUGGCUGUAGAGGUGCUGUGCCCCCCAAGGAAAAGCGGUCCCCUCCGAUGUUCCUGUGCCGUGUCGGAGCCGCGGCGCCCGUACCGGGUGGGAGACGCCGAGGUGGGCGUUGAGUUGGUUUUCAGAGCAGUGCUUGGUCACCAGCUGUUGUCUAGGGCGCUGUGGCUUUUGGUACAGCUGGAAAAAAAAAAAAAAAAAAGCUUUCUCGUUGAAUUUCAAGUCAGGGGCCUGUUUUCUGCCAAGCUACCCCCCGCCGUUUCAAAUGUAUUUUAUUCUCCUUUUCUUUGCACUGGUCCCGUUACGCUCCGCUCAACAGCUGCUGCAUUUAAUCCCAGAAGCUGCAGUUGGUAGGGAGCAAAGUGAUCUCCAUAUAACCUCUCUCUUACUCAUAAGUGUGCAUUAUGAAGCUUAACCGCUGGUAAUAAAAUGUUUUGCUUUCAACAUGCCGUCCCUGUGGUCCAAUGUUCCCGUCUUCAGGCUCCGUCAUUACAGCGGGGCGAUGUAUCGGAGCUGUUCUGCUGCUCCCCACCAACCUGCCUGGUGAUGCUGGACACGGGCAUCUCGGAUGCGUGUGGAUACCCAGCGAGGAGAGAUGGAGAACGCGGAGCAGAGCCCUUUCGGUGGGUAGCAAGCUGGCAGUGUUGGCAUUCCCAGGUGGAAGCAGCUCUUUGAGGAAGACUGUAUCUUGGCAGUCAAGGAAAAAGGCGCUCGGGGUCUUGCUUGGCUGUGGCCCAAAGUGCAGGUUCCCAUCUCUGUGAGAUAGUCUGGCAGUGCAAUCUGCUGUUAGAGCCUCUUCAGAGACUACGGCAGGACGUGGGGGAGCAGGAACAGAUUGCAAUCCUGCUACUUGGUUGGGGUUUUUUCACCCCUUUCACAACAACUCUGCAGGUUCAUGUUUGGGUUUUUUUGUUGGUUUUUUUUUGUUUUGUUUUUUUUUUAUUUCCUGCAUGCAAAAAAAGGGCAUUUUCACGUCAUCCUGCACGAUGGUGGGGGAAAAAAGAUGCUCCUCGCCCACAUCCAAUAACCAUACAAAAUGCAGAAAUUCUGCUUGAGGAAUUUCAUUUUUGUUUGCACACCACUGAUGCUUUCAUUAACAGCAUCUUUUCACAUGUAAGUACUCGAGAUGUCGUACGAGCUUCCUACUCUAAACCGAAAGCAGGGUUUUCCCAAGCAGGGAUGUCCAAGCAUCAUUUCCGUGGUAUGGUGGGUUGCAUCAGCCCCACAGCUGGUUUCUGUUGGACAGGACGUGGUUUUUCCAUAUUUGAGGUUUAUAGCGUUUGGAUUCAAAGCGGAAUUUCCCAGGCAGAGCCCCCCCCCCCCCCGGAAGGUAUCAGAAUAUAUGGCUUUGUCAGGCAGCGAUAACAGCCUUUUUCUGGAGAUUGCCAUUUUGUAAAUAAGCUUCUUCUCGAGCAGCAUGGCUCCAGCUACAAAAGAUGGAUGAUUAUUUCUUCCUGGAAUCGGCCUUCCGCUGCAGGAUCUGGUUUUUAUUGUGAUAAUUAGCAUAGAAUUAAAAAUGGCCCUGCAUCUCCAGUUCGCCCUGUAGUUCCUCUGGUACGGAGUGAUCCGGGAUGGCGUUUUCUUCGGGAAUAGGCUGUGCCUGGGAAUCACUUCAUUCGCUGAUGAAAAUCAGCGCAGGGGUAUCUGCAGGCUUCGACGCAGCAAAAGCCUCCGCCUCCAGAAAUAAAUCACUGCUCCUAAUAAACUUUCAGAUGAGUUGUUUGUUGGAGGGUGGAAAAGUUGCCAAGGAUAUUUAGAUGAAAAUCCGAAGCGGGAUUUUACAAAUGCCUUUAAAUUCCAGAGCUGGGGUUGGAGGCGAGGUCACGGGCAAGCAGGCAGCUUUUUCUCCUGAAAAACUGUAAUAGCUUUUCUUCUUAAAAAUUUAAAAGGGUUGUCACUCCAGGCAGAGGCAGAAUUGUAAGGAGUGUCAGACAUGGCCACUGGUGUGUCCGUAGGAGAAACCGAAGCAGCAAAAGCGUGCAAACUUCCUUGUGAGAGCAGCGCAGGAAAUUACUGUGCAAUUGGACGCGGUGUCCUAGCGUUAGAUUUAUUAGCCACUUACAAAUCAUCUGCCAAAAACCCUUUCAGUCGGAAGACAGGAAAGAACAUGUUAUAAAAAGACCUGGAAAAGGAGUGAUUUUGGCACGGGAGUUUCCAGGCUGGUAAUUGUCCGUGUGUACGGGGUUUGGGUUUGGUCUCAGCGUUGAGGUCAGUGGUACUUAAACCAAAUGCUAUCCCAGUGCCUGCACAUGGCAAAUGGUGAAAUGUCUGGCGGGAUCACGGGCACAUCCACGCUCUUGUGUACGUUCCCCAGACCUUGCUGCUUUGGCAACAAGACUGGAUACAUCAUUCCAGCAGUUUCUUAUCUGGAUGGUGGGCUGAGAUGGUCGUGUUUCCCCACUGCACACCUCGCUGCCCUCCUCACUGCGGGGCACUGCCAAUCUCACACUGCACUUCUCCAGCUCCCAUGCCUUUUCCAGGCUGCUUUCUUUCCACUUGUAUGCCUGCAAAGUUGCAGUUACUUCCAUAUCCCCUGUAUGCAAGACCCUGCUUUUUGCUUGUUUAAAUCCAGGUCUUUCUGGCCAUAGUGGAAAUAAGUGACCUGGCUUUGUAGCUCUCUUUUAAUGUUCCCUGCUUCUGGAAAACCAUCUCCCUAGUGCUUGGUCUCUGAUGAGGAGCACAUCUGCAGCUGUACCUGCAGCAUCCCCAGCAUAUCCUGCCAGCUCCAGCAAGUCGAUAUAUUUGACUUAAAAAGAGCUUUCUCCAUAAAAAUGAUCCAUACCUGCCUCAGAUGCACCAGAUGUUGCACAGCCAGAUGUUGCCUUGUACAACCCCUUGGAGAUUUGGCAGCAGCACGUGUGGGGCCUGGGGAGCCACUUUGCUAUGCUGUGACCUUUUCUUUGGGGUGCCUGCUGGAAUGUAGUGAGAAAUGAAGAUCUGGUUUCCCCCUUUCCAUGUGGCACUUUUGGGAGAAAACACCCUGUUUUUGUAAGCGCUGAGCUCCCAAGGUAAGGGGAUGGGAGGGCACUGCUGGAGCAUGUCCCAGCUUGCAAGGAGCUGCUUCCAGCCCAGGAAUGGGACCAGCACAUCCUUAGCAGGGAGAUUUCCUGCCCCCUGUUUCCAGCAAGCAGAGCUGAUGCUUUUCCAGCAUGAGUGUAAAGGUAGGAUUGGAUUUGUGGCUCACAAAGAGGCAGAUGCCAGCAGCUAGAACAGGCAAGGGAAGUGUGUGUUUAAAGAGAGAAAGGAGGAGUGUCUGUCGUCCAUUGGGACGAAUCCUCCUUUUCCAGCCUCUUUCCAGGAGCGUGCUGAUCCAAAGUCCUUCUCUGGAGCGUUUUCCUUCAUGAAAAUGAAGCUGGGCCGUUGGUAACGUCAGUGUUUCCCAGACCGCCUUCGUCGUCUUGUCCUUGCAUUCAUUGUCCUUCGACUGGUUAGGGUGGUUAUGAGAAAAAAAGCCAGCUUAAAGCAUAGUCAGAAAGCUACAAUUAACGAAGCAAGCCACAGAUAAAUAGGUAAAAUAGGCUAACCUGUAAGAUAGGUGUAAAAGGAGGCAGUCUGCCGCGCGGCUCCUCUGUAAAACGUGCAUGAUAAGCGUCGGCGAAGCUUGUUGCAGACACUGGGCAGGGCUGCUUUCGCUAGACUUUUGAGUAUCCUAGUUGCAAAGACUCUUAAGUGUUCCAAAAGGCUCGUGGUUUUUGGAGUGGGGUCUGUUUUUUUUCUGUUUUUCCGUGCGCUGUGGCCACUUGCUUUCCGAAUGGGUUUGUGGUGGUGGUGGAGUUAAUGGAGCUGUUCUUUAUAGUAACCUAAAAGGUGUCAGUCGUUUGCUCGUGUGUGUUCACAAAGCUGAGCCGUGGCGUUACGCGUCCCUCCGCGAUGGUGUGAUUUGAAGCACUUUUGGUGUGGCAUGUGCAGUUGCAGUGCUGUCUGUUUUUAAUUUCCCCUCCCCCUCCCUCCCCGGGAGUCCCCCCCCUCUCCGUGUUCUCCCCGUGUUUCGGACACUGAACCAAACCGACGUCAGAACUAGCACUUUAAGUACUAGUAGUCACUUUGCUUCGGACUAUAUUGAGCACUGCACUUUUUGUACGUACUGUUAGCACUGAGUUCUGAACUCCUUUCUUUUCCCCGCCUCUUUUCCCUCUUAGGCGCAGUGUUAAUUACGUAGGGGCCAUCAGAAGAUAAUUUUGAGGUGUGUUGGACCGUUGUCCGGUGCCUGACUUCCGUUACGUAUCCGUUAGCGACUUUACAGUAGGGAAUUUAACCCAUCCAAGCUUAUUUUACACAGCAGAACAGACAUCUGUGUCACUGACGUCCAGGCAGACGUGGUUGCUCUAAACUUCGAGGUCCUCCGAGGAGACCCGAGCGCAUGGCUUUUAAAAACACCAAAGAUACGGGAGAAGUCUCAGAAGGGAUCGGGAUGGGAUUGGAAUUGAGCGGAGCGAGAGGCGUAGGGCGGACGAGACCCCGGUGAGCCCUGUGGGACAGCCCAGUUCAAACCAGUUCUGAGACUCUGGUAACAAUAUAAAGACUGCGCUCAAGCCAUUGCAAUAAAAGCCAUCAUUGUGCCUGCACUGAAAGUGCCGUUGGAAUUGGUCGUUGUCUUCAACUGCAAAAAGGUAUUUUUAAGUAAAAAAGACUUGAGAGGUGAUUUAGAAGAUGGAGCAUAAUAACCCUGGGGUUUGCUGUUGUUAGGAGUUAAUCGGCUCUCGUGUUCAGAGGCAGUUCGGAUGUGCAUCGCUAUUCCUGUUAAAUUCCUGUGGUAUUUCCAUAAGGAAGGCUGGGGAUCAGAGCUCCCUUGCCAGCAAAUCAGUAGGGUGGAGUUUGUAGCAAACGUAGUCAGAAAUCUCUAGGAUUUGAAAUGGGAUGGUGAUCCCUGGGAUGCUGAAUAAUCCGAAUUUUGAUGCCCCAAACUAUCCACUCUCAACCAGCUGGGGGUGUUUUGCUUCUUUAAAAACCCUCGUGGGUUUUCACAGCAGCAAAUAAAUCACAAUGGGUGUGGGAGUGCUACAUCUCCUCCACACCAGGGUAUCCACACUUGGGACUUGCUGCUCAUCCUCCUCGACGAGCCCCUAGUCAAUCCAGAUCCUUCUCUGGCAAUCCUCCUUGAAGGGAGCUUCUCCCUAGUGAAACUUAAUGGAUGAACCCCUCCAUUACAGCACGAUCCGUUUGAAUGGAGAGAAGGGAAUUAGGUCUUCUCCUUCACUGCUAGCAAGGGGCCAUGAUGGAAAUAACCUUCAGCAACAAAAAGAAAUAGGUGUGUUGGGUUUCCUUGUUGCAGCAGAUGAAGGAUUUUUCCUAAACAACUCCAGUUUUAGUGGCUGGUUUUCUUGGGUUCCUUUUUCAGUACACCUUCAGGGGUUUGGAUAUUCAGCGGGAACUGAUGAUGGUUUAAAACCACAAAUCUUGAGCAACCCCAAGUAUUAUGCUCUUGCAUCCUCUGUCACUGGACUUAAAAAUGGAAUCCAGAUUUUUGGUUUUUUUUUUUUCUUUCUCACUCCAGCCAAAUUAUCCCUGCAAAUGUAGCUUUAAAGAAAUAGCAGCAGGCAAUGCUGCCGCUCUAUCUGAGCCCCCAAAAUUAGAGAGCUGAGGGGACAACCUCUUCCAAAAGUACCUCAGUGACUCAGAGCCCACAACCACUCGCUGUCACAAGGAUAUAGGCAAACCCUUUGGAAAAUUCACCCCUCAGCGAGCCCACUGGUCUCCUUGAGUCCUUGGAAAUUAAGCUUGGGAGACAGGGGAAUGUGGAACAGGUCUUUUUGUCUUUAUUUUCCCUCUCAGGUGUAGUUUUUUGCCCCCUUGGAGUUGGCAUCUCGUCCUUUGGGAAGGUAGAAUUAAGCAUAGCACACCUGAGGCCUGAAUGCAAAUCCUAGCACAGCACCUCUCGCUUUGGAAGGGCCUUUUAGGUGGGAAAAAAAAAAAGCUCUUGUAGGGAUUUUUAACUGUUUGGGUUUUCAGAUAGCUCGUGGGAAGCGCAUUGGGACAGCACACAGGCGAUGUUUUACUGACUUUUUCUGUUCCUCCAAGAGAGACUUCUUAAUUUGCUUUGGUAGUUUAGAGUUUGUUUCCUUGAAAGUCUUUUUGGACCCAUGAAAAUGCCCUUGAAAUGAGUCAAGUUUAUCAAAAUAUAUUGUGCACACACCCAUGCACCAGCCCACCUGUACGUGCAUGUCUCCCUGGGUGUGUAUACAGAUAGAGAAACAUAUUAUUUCCCAAAACAUUCCUUUUAUUUUUUUUUUUUGGUUGUUGUUGGUUUGGUUAUUUUAUUUGGGUUUGUUUCCCCCCACCCCCCAAGGAUAUUAACCAAAAGGUGUUUUAAAAGUCAUGGCAUGAAAACUCCUAAAUGUAAAUCUGAGUACCUUGUGAUGCUAAUUAACAGGUUUUUCCUGGAACUUUAUGUGAUGCUUAAUAUUUUCCUUAGGAAGUUUUGUUUAAUGUUAGAUCAUUGUUCUGGAGGAUGUUGGUCCUACUGGCAUUAAACUAAUGGAAAUAAAAUGCAUGUGUUACAAGUGUAGAAACGGUGAAGAAUUAAGUGUGAACUUACUGUACGAUACUGAUUCUGUUUUCAAACAAUCUGUUUUGCUGUUCAGUAGUUGACAUAUGGAAAUGCCAAUGUACUGUAAUUUAGCACUUUUCCAAUGGACCCUGUUCUCACUACGCCCGAGGGAAGAAGCGGGUUUGGCUCGGGGCUGUCUGAGCUCAGCCCCUGAACCCUUUCUGUGUGUUUCGGCACCAGAACCGGCCGGGUGGGACUUCAGUUGGUUUUCUCAUCGGUUCAGUGGCUGGCACAAGGCAGAGGGGCAGUGGUUCUCCACUUCCAUGGCCAAACCAGGACCAUUCUGCAACUUGGUCUGGUGAAAGGCGUCCCUGCCCGUGGCAGGGGGGUUGGAACUAGGCGAUCUUUAAGGUCCCUUCCAGCGCAAACCAUCCUGGGGUUCUAGGAUUCUCUGAUUUGGGUGCAGACCUCGCUGUGGGUGGAUGGACUGGUGGCAUCACAUUCCACCAGUGCAUCCCUCCGGGAGCCAGGCUGGGGCCGGGCUGUCCAAGCUGAGGCGGGACGGACACAGUCCCUGAAAUUCAAAGGCAGAAGGGAUAACCCACCAGGCCACCCCCCCUCCAGCCCAAACCCCUCCUUUCCUAGUGUUAACAGGGUGCAAAGUGUUACUUGUCAUGUACUGUACUGAAAGGGUUAAUUGAUCAGUGACUGUAUUGUACUGUAUGAAAACUCAUGAAUUGCCUUGUAUUGUUUCUAAUGGACUGUUCCAUGUCUCCCCACUGCCCAUUCCCAACCCGCCCCCACGUUUUCCAAAGGACGCAUGUUCUCAGUUAGGUCCUCCAAACUCUCUGGUGCUAAACUCUUCCGUAUCCGAUGGUGCUUCUGCGGACACUAACUGACCACAUGCCGAUCCGGAGCUUGAAGUUCACCACGUCUUUCUUGUCUGUUUGUAUGAAGUCACACACACACACACACACACACAUGAGAAAAAAUUAAGGAUAAACUUGAAUUUGUUUCAAAGCCUCAUUGACAAUCUAAUGUUUUCUAUGUCUGCUUUUAUUUGGGAUGGCUUUUCUAGAAAGCAGCGCGCCAGCACCUUCGCUCCGGGAGGGGGAUUUCGUCCCGUUCACUCCUCUGGCAUCCGAGGUGAGCUGCUCCCUCGCUGGCUUUGCAGGCUCAGCCACGGGAGGUUGAUCCAUCAGGAGCCAGCGAGGAAGAGGAGGUGCAGGUGCCUUCAAAGAUCCCCAACCCCAGAAAGCAGCUGGGAUCCCUGGGCCUGCCCCAUCCGUAUAUAGGUAGGUAGGCACUGAGGGUCUCAGAGGGGAUGAACCCAUCCCUUGCUUCCUGGCAAAAAUUGGCUGUUAAGGAGAAUGGUGGCAGAAAAUUGGAGUCCCAAAGGCACCUCCACCUCCUCUUGGCAUCACUCAUCUCUGCUGGCCUCCUGAGCCUGAGGUUUUGCAGGUGACACUCACCUCGGACGGCGUGAACGGGGCCAUCCCCUCCCAAACCCCCCCACCCCGACGCGAGCUGCUUUUUGGACAAAAGAAAAUCUGACUAUAUUUUAUAUCGAUUUGAAAACAAAGUCUGAUAUUUACCCUCGUUCUCAACUGAAUUUGCAUAUUGUUGUUUGCCACGAUAUUUGUUCUGUCUUCAAAUAAAUUUGCUUACUUGUGUAGUCUUAA